UCCAAGAGCAGUCGCCGACUGCUUCGUAACUCACGGAAGAUCCCAACCACUCGUCUUUCUAGAUGCAAUUAAGCAUAAAAAUAACAACAAAUUUCAACUAAUUAUAUAGUAGGUUAUGUACAGAUUUACGAAUUUGACGUUUUUCUUCUAAAAUUAGGUAUUAUUUUUUUGAACGAAUUCGAAGAACAGUGCAAAAUGCGUGCCCAAGACAAAGACAAUAAGGCUAUUGACAAGCUCAAGCAAUUUUUUCGCUUGCAGAGGGGUACCUUCAAAAAUAGAGAGGACAUGGCCUUAAAUAAUACCAUCGAGAGGGAAAUUAGCCCUGAUAGUACAAUUCAUUGUCGAUUAAAAGCUAUCAAGGACUUGAGUGAUGCAGUUUUGAAUCAUCAAUGGGAAGAUUGUGCUGCAGAAAAACUUUGGUUUCUUGUGCAGGACUUGAUUAGACCUGAUGUUCCUAAAGAACAAAGACAAACAGUACUACAUUUUUUAAGAUGUCUUGUUCAAGGACAAUAUUCAAGACUAUCACCCUUGAUGAGGGUAAAAUUUUUUAAUGUCAUAAAAGAACAUAGCAUUCCUGAAGAUGUAGAAUUAAGGCUAGAAUUGCUACAGAGCUUAACUGAUAAUGGCAAAGAUAUAGUGCACUUGGAAGAAAAAAUGGGACCUUUUCUUUUGACGUGGAUGCCAAUAUUUACUGCAACUGAUAGAAAACGAGCAGCUGAAUUCUUAACUUUACUUGUUAAUGUAAUAAAAUUUAAUUCUGCAUGUAUUGAUGAAGAUAUAAUAUCAGGCCUGGUUUUAUACAUCUGCCAAUUAUGUUAUAACAGUAAUAAUACAGAAAUAGUAUCAGCAAGUUUAGAAGCCUUAGAUGCUAUUGUUUGUUAUAGUAAAUUGCAACCAGAUUCACUGCAAACAUUCAUAAUAGCUUUGUGUAAAACUGUGAAUGAUCAAGCAUACUGUCAAAUGAGUUGGAAGAUCAUGAGAAAUUUAUUAGGAACUCAUAUGGGUCAUUCAGCAUUAUACAAAAUUUGUUACUUAUUGCAAGAGCAAAAAUUUCAAAAAGAUGUUCGUUUACUCAGAGGAGCUGUAUUCUAUGUAAAUAUGGGUCUGUGGGGAACUCAUAGAAUAAAAACACUUCAAUGUACACCAUCGUCUGUUUUACCAUCCUUUUAUCAAGCACUUCAGUGCAAUCAUCCAAUUGUAAUGUACGAAGUUACAAUUUCUAUUCAAAGAUUAGUCAACAAAUUUGGAAUGGAUCUUGUUCAACCAACUUGGAGCAUUAUUUUUGAUAUAAUUGAACAAGUUAUUGUCCAUACAGAAACUAGUAAUCAACCUGCUACAAAACAAGUAUCUACUAGUUUACAUGAGACCAUUACAAGUUUUGAAUUGCUUAUGGACAAUAAUUGUUAUAAUGGUAAUGUACAACGAUUUUAUGAAUUGGUCGAACGAUGUUCAGAUUCAAGACCAGAAGUAUCAGUCAUUAAACUAAUAGACUAUCAAGCAUCAAUGGUUGCUCCAACAAAUUAUUUAUGGCAGGGCAAACUUAGUGCUUUGAUUGAACGUUACUAUAAAAUUGAAACUAGAACAAAUAUCCGUCUAAAAGUGCUCGAUGUUCUAAAAAAUGUUAUUCAAGUAAACAGAUCUGGAUAUGAAGAUGAGCUUAUUGAACGUAUUGUUGUACCCCAUUUACAACAUGUUGAAUUGGAUCCAGACAUCAUUAUUCGUAAUUACGCUGCUAAUGUCCUUGUUGAUUUAUGUUUGGAAUGUGAAUCAAAAAGGUGCAUGGAACUUUUGGAUAUUUUAGAAAGGAUUAUCAAUCGACCUUUCACAUUCACUGCUCUUGUACAAUCGGAAAAUGAAAUUCGAGAUGUAAAAAGUGCCGUUAUUGGAGUCAUAAAAAUUCUUACACAAAAAGUUUACCGAUUACCGUCAUUACAUGCGAUACGUGCAUACCAAAUACUCGUGAACCAUCUCGAACUUCACUAUCAAGACCCCAAAGAAAUUUUCCGGGACAUAUUUAGUGUCAGAUACUUGAUUUUCGAGUGCUUUUUGAAGGCUCGAGCUAAUUGUUUGGGUCACUUAGGUUUUCCUGAUCCGAAAUCUGGCAAAAUUAAUCGUUACAGUCCCUACCUGGUUCUAGAGAACCCAACGAGUUUAGGUAAUGGAGGAAGUAGCGCAAGCCCUCCGCCAGCGAGUCCCGUUCCUACCCAAAAUGCUUCGUCACAGAUAACCAAUAUUUCCUUAGCCCAUGCCUGCAAGGCUGUCACAACUGCUAUUAAACAAGAGAAAGAUUGGCAAGUCCUACAGUUGAUUCUGAAAGAACUUCCUCAACUUUUGCAGAAUCGGGCUUUGAUUUUGUCACGACAUAGUAAUGACAUUGGUUCGCUAGCUCUAGCUCUUUGUUCAAUGAUCGACGACAAGACAUUUCGACCAGCAGAUUCGUUGCAGAAUGUCCUCAGAAAUGUACCAUCAAAAUUUACAUUUUCCGACCUCCGCGCACAUUUUUUUCCUGUACUAGCUUCGUGUACAUCGUAUCACGCACACUUCGAUCUCAGCACCCAACAACGACUCAUUAAAUGUUUUGAGGAUGGGCUGAGGACAACCUGUGCUAGCCAAUGUGUAACGAGUCUCAUGACAUGCCAACUUGAGAUGCGCGACACAAUCAGCAAGCUGGUAUCCAACGUUCUCCUAAGCAUAUCGAAAAUUUCUGACACUGUGCUAAUUGCUAUUCCAAUUCUUGAGUUCUUAUCUACACUAGCGUGCUUACCCAAAGUUUACUCUAACUUCACCGAGGACCAGUAUAUGGCUAUUUUUGCUAUAAUGUUGCCUUACACUAAACCUACGAAGUACAAUCAUUAUACAGUAUCACUAGCACAUCACGUAAUAGCAGUAUGGUUUUUAAAAUGUCGAUUACCACUCAGGCGAAACCUUGUCAAGUACAUUACCAAGGGUUUAAAAACCAAUGCAAAAAUGUUGUUGGAGGAAGGAAAUAUUUCUCAACCAGAUCUUGGUCUCAAUGAAGACUCGUCGAAUCGUAAACGUAGUUCGAGCUUGACGGAACAAGGCAGUAGAGCUCGCAAAUAUGUCAGAGAAAAUCGUGCAUUGGAUCUAAAGCCACCAGUUGACAAAGCAUUAAUGAAUUUUCAUGUUGAACUCACGGAAACUUGUAUAGAUCUGAUGGCUCGUUACUCUUACUCGAUGUACUCGGCUCGUCCGAAGCGCCUCUUGGCUUCGGAUUUUUUGCUUAAGGAAGGCCUUUCGGCUAGUUGGAUUUUAGGUAAUAAAUUAAUCACCGUAACGACCAGCGGAUGCAGUAGCAAAGCCAUGCGUGGUCCACUUUGUGAUAACUGUUGGUCAGCUUGUAAAGCCAGUCCUGAUCAAGCUCGAUCAAGUCACUCAAGCUUAUUGCGAGCUUCGAGUGCUGAUGGUAACAGUGUGGAAAAAUUAUCGAGGCAAUCAUCCGGUGGUCACGCGAGUUCCAGUGCCAAUACAGCUGCUAACUCACCAACAGAUGAAAAUAAACGAGUAGUUGAUGACUUGGAAACCGAUCCGCAACAAAACAGCGAGGCCUACAAACUCGAGCAAAUCAUGAAUGUAGAUAAGCAAGAAGAACACCAGCCUUGUGCUUGUUGGUGUCAAGGUUGGGCUGAAAUUUAUGUUCGCAGGCCUACGGGUGAUACUUCUUGGAUCAUGAGAAUCCAAAAUAUGAUGCAUCUAGAUAUGCCUUAUGAUUUACCAUUGGAUAAUUUGACGGCUUUGUAUAUGCCAACUACUGAUAUGUUACCUCAGAAGACCAGUCAAGACCUUGUUUCUGAAUACUCCGAGGAUGAGUCUCAUUUGGAUGCAAUCGAUAAAAAUCUGGAACAUAUUUCGCCAGACGUUGGUAGUGUACUAAAAUCUGGAAUUUCAUCGUCUUCGGAACCAAUUGACAUACCCAGCUCCCCAGCACGCCCUAGCCCAUCUAAACAUAGUCCCCGAGAUAGUCUUGAAAGCCUAGAAGGGGAAGAUGAUUCUCGAAAAUCGAGAAAUCCAGUGCGGCGAUCGAAUUCUAGUCCUGAGAUGAGCUCAAAUUGGAAAAAUCCAUUUUUAAGUAAAGAUAAACUGACAAUACCAGCAAACGAUCGAGAUGACUCUAAUUUGGAAAUAGAUGUCAAAAACGAUUCAGAUCUUAGAAAACAUAUAAAAAAUUCUUACUCAAAAGACAUGAGGGUUAGUUGCGAAGCCAUACCGGAAGAAAUCUUGGGAGCAGGUACGACGCCACCGUCAAAUGAUAGCGGAGCCGACAAUAUGAAAGUAGGAUUACCCAAUCAGAAAACAUUUCCAAGUGCAAUAACUAUUCCGCCUAUCGCGAUGGUUACGGACAGUAACGUUCCACAAUCGCCGACGAAUCUUUUGUCAUCUCAACUCGCUUCAAAACCACCUCAAUCUCCUACUCAAGUCUACGCUAGGCACACAAGUUUAGACCUAAGUCACGCAAGACCGAUGUGGGAUUCUAAGCCACCGAUAGGCCGUAGUCCAUUAGUCGAUAAGCUCAGAGAAGAUAAAGUCGAUACUUCAGCUUUACCUCCUAUUGGUUUCCGCGAUAGAGGAUAUACGAUAUCAGUGAUGAGUCCUGCAAAAAUAAGAAGAAAUAAUUCUUCUAGAGUGAAAGAUCUGCCUUCAGUGAUGAAUUUACCUAACAAUAGAAAUGGAAUUAGUCCAAGUUUCAUAUUCUUACAAUUGUAUCACGCGGCGUAUUUUGGUCAGCCUGCUGAUAAGCCAUUAUUGGUACCCCAAAACAAUACUUUACUGCAAACAUCUAUUACUAAUUUUGACAGAAUUCAACCAUACGAAACACACAAAAUCGGUGUACUUUAUGUUGGUCAUGGUCAAGCACAAAACGAAACGGAAAUUUUGUCAAAUCAGCAUGGUUCAUUGCGUUACACGCAGUUUCUCCAGAGCCUAGGUACGCUCAUACGCCUUAAAGAUGCAGACGAAAGUAUAUUCUUAGGUGGACUCGAUCGUAAUGGUGAAAAUGGAAAUUUUGCUUAUAUUUGGCAAGAUGACGUAACGCAGGUGGCAUUUCACGCGGCAACGCUCAUGCCAACUAAAGCCAGUGAUCCCAAAUGCACGAGUAAAAAACAACACAUAGGAAAUAAUUAUGUUACUAUUGUAUACAAUGAAAGUGGCGAGAAGUACGACAUUCAAACUGUGAAAGGACAAUUCAAUUACGCUUGUGUUAUUAUUCAACCUCUUGAUCAUGGUACGAAUCACGUUACCGUUCAGGCAAGAGAAGAACUUAGUGAGCCUAUUGGUCAUAGCGAUCCUAAAAUUAUAUCUGAUCAAAAUCUAGCUCUUUUAACACGACAAUUAGCCGUUCAUGCUAAUCUUGCUUCAAUGGUUUGUUCGUCGUUGAAACAAAGCAACCGCAAUCCUUAUGCAUCUAACUGGUUGGAGCGAUUACGUCACAUCAAACGUUUAAGAAAACGCGUUCUCGAAGAAUCAUUGCGGAAAAACCCAAACGACGAUGUGUUGAAAAACGCACUCGAGGAAGAAGAUAAAAUGAAAAUAGUCGAUGAUCUCGUACAAGAUUUCACCGAUUUUACAACGUAAAACUAACAGAGCUUUUUCAAGUCAAAAAUAUUGUGAUGUAGUUCUAUUAUAUGUAAAAUGAAAUUUUUAAUUGUAAGCGAACAAUCGAAAAAAAAGUUCACUUUAAUAAAGUAUAUUUAUGAUAAAA